GGCAUGUCACCCGACUUUUCUACACUGUCUGAGGUAAAAUUUCCUGCAAGCUUACCAUCCCCAUCUGGCAAGGGAUCGGCUUCAGUGGCAUCGUCAUCCUCGGUAGAUGCUGAAGYGCCGUCCAGGAUCUGCAAAAUAAAAUGUGUGUCGGGCCAAUGGGUCGGUCCCCUAUGCCAAGAAGUAAAUGGUGAUGGCAGAUUUCAGCCAAUAUUAAAAUCAUGUGCAUUGGAAGAAGUGCCACCAAACCUUAUUCUAUCAUUUAAAAAUCGGAUUAUCAUAGAAUUCAAUACGACAAUUCCACAUAAUAGCUCAAUAUCAGCACGGUGUCAAGAACCUAUUGGCACAUACAAACUUAGCGGACCUUCAAUAUUAAAUUGUAGCAAUGGAAUUUGGUCUAGUCCAAUACCGAAAUGUCAACCAACAACUCUAUUCACAAAUUAUUCGGAAAAUUCGCCUCCUACAAUUUUAGUACGGGUUCCAUCAGGAUCAGCAGCUGUCGACCAAAAUGGUGGAUUAGUCGUUUUCCCUGGAUCAAUACUACACUUAGAAUGUCUUUAUUUGAGACGGCAUGGCGAUCCGGAAUGGACAUGGACAUCUGAGGYGGAAACUUAUCUUACCGGAUGGGCGAUAGGAAACGACGAACGCAACUGGAAGUAUCGAUUAUCUAUUUACUAUGUAAAACAAUUCGAUACAGGCUCAUUCACUUGUACUUCAUCACGUGGCAUUAAUAACACUAUAACACUUCAAGUGUCAGAUAUUCAUUGUAAGCCAGUGCCCAGCAUGGAUCUCAAUCCUCAUCUCAACUAUAGAGCGAGUGGGCAUAGGCUUGGUCAGACAACAUACUUCAACUGUCCACCUGGAUUUUUCUUAAAAGGUUCAGCAAAUAUCACCUGUCUUCCUUCAGGAGACUGGUCGAAUUCGCCACCGGAUUGCAUCAUGGUUAAGUGUCCACCAAUCAGCGUUGACGAUUCUAGGUUGAUCAUGGUUGAAUACAAUGAUACGUACGGCAAACGAGCAGCGUUCAAAUGCGCUUGGGGCUUUCAAAUGUCUGGUGUCAAUUCGAUUGAGUGCUUGGCAGAUUCCACGUGGUCGCAUCGAAUACCUACUUGCACCGGUAYCUUUUUCGAUCAAUCAGCAGCGUAUCAUAGUCAUGAAGUAGUUCGAGCCUCAUUGAAGUAUGUUUCAACAUCGCAUCAAAAGAGAAGCCUGGACAAGUGUAGUAGAUGCUGGGUCUAG